AUGAAGCUCAUUAGUUGUCUCCUCUCUCUUUUGCCGGCAUUGACAAUUGCCCUCCCGCAAUCGUCUGCCCCGACAACAUUCUCUCGAAGGGUGGUCUAUACACCCCCUUCGAACUACAACGACCCCCGUGUCCUCUACGCUCGCACAGCACAGCUUCCUAACGGAGACUUGCUUGCUACAUGGGAGAACUAUAGCCCAGAGCCACCGCUAGUGUGGUUCCCCAUCUUCCGCUCUAGCGACAAUGGCUAUACUUGGAAAGAGAUUUCCAAAGUAGAAGACCAGGUCAAGGGCUGGGGCCUACGGUACCAACCGUUCCUCUACGUCCUUCCAGAGGCAUUCGGAGAGUUCCCAGCCGGCACGGUCUUGCUUUCCGGAAGUGCGAUCCCCACCGAUCUCAGCCAGACGCAGAUUGAGCUUUAUGCCAGCCGCGACGGCGGAGUCACGUGGAAGUUCGUCUCCCAUGUCGCAGCUGGUGGUCGCGCCGUCCCCAACAAUGGCCUGACUCCUGUCUGGGAGCCAUUCCUCAUGCUCCACAAGAAGAAGCUCAUCAACUACUACUCCGACCAGCGCGACAAUGCCACAUACGGUCAGAAGAUGGUUCACCAGACCACCACGGACGGCAAGACUUGGGGUCCUGUUGUGGACGACGUCAAAUAUCCCACAUAUACCGACCGUCCUGGAAUGCCUACUGUUGCAAAGUUGCCAAAUGGUAAAUUCAUCAUGGCGUACGAGUACGGCGGCGGACCAGCUAUCACCACAAGCUACCAGUUCCCCGUCUACUACAAGAUCGUCUCCGAUCCCGAGAAGUUCGGCGCUGCAACUGGAAUCUCGCUUAAGGCCUCUGACGGAACUAUUCCCACUGGAUCACCAUACGUGGUCUGGAGCAGUGCUGGAGGAAAGAAUGGCACAUUGAUCGUCAGCGCUCACUCCAGUGGCGAUAUCUAUAUCAAUAAGGGACUCGGAGAGGGGCCAUGGAAGAAGGUAAGCACGCCCGAGGGAAGCAGCUACACGAGGCAUUUGAGGGUUCUCAAAGACCAAUCGAAGCUGUUGAUCAUGGGCGGUGGCCAGCUUCCUCCCAGCACCACCAACCAGAUCACCGUUUCUGUUAUGGACAUUAGCAAGCUAUAG